AUGUCCGUCUGCUCCAGCGACCUGAGCUACGGCAGCCGGGUCUGCCUGCCUGGUUCCGCUGAGUCCUGCACAGGCUCCUCCUGGGAGGUGGACGACUGCCCAGAGAGCUGCUGCGAGCCCCCCUGCUGCACCCCCAGCUGCUGUGAGCUUUCCUGCUGUACCCCCAGCUGCUGUGCCCCGGCCCCCUGCCUGACCCUCGUCUGCACCCCAGUGAGCUGUGUGUGCAGCCCCUGCUGCCAGGCAACCUGUGAGCCCAGCCCCUGCCAGUCCUGCACUCCCUCGUGCUGCCCUCCCUGCUGCCAGCAGUCCAGCUGCCAGUCAGCUUGCUGCACCUCGUCCCCCUGCCAGCAGGCCUGCUGUGUGCCCAUCUGCUGCAAGCCCGUGUGCUGUGUGCCCAUCUGCUGCAAGCCCGUGUGCUCUGUUCCUGUCUGCUCUGGGGCUUCCUCUUCCUGCUGCCAGCAGUCUAGCUGCCAGCCAGCUUGCUGCUCCUCCCCCUGCCCGCAGGCCUGUUGUGUGCCCGUCUGCUGCAAGCCCACCUGUUGCAGACCCUCGUCUUCUGUCUGCUGCCGCCCAGCCUCCUGUGUCUACUGCGAGCCCCCCUGCUGUGUGCCUGUCUGCUGCAAGCCCAUGUGCUGUGUGCCCGUCUGCUCUGGGGCUUCUUCUUCCUGCUGCCAGCAGUCUAGCUGCCAGCCAGCUUGCUGCCCCUCGUCUCCCUGCCAGCAGGCCUGCUGUGUGCCCGUCUGCUCUGGGGCUUCUUCUUCCUGCUGCCAGCAGUCUAGCUGCCAGCCAGCUUGCUGCCCCUCGUCUCCCUGCCAGCAGGCCUGCUGUGUGCCCGUCUGCUCUGGGGCUUCUUCUUCCUGCUGCCAGCAGUCUAGCUGCCAGCCAACUUGCUGCACCUCGUCCCCCUGCCCGCAGGCCUGCUGUGUGCCCGUCUGCUGCAAGCCCAUGUGCUGUGUGCCCGUCUGCUCUGGGGCUUCCUCUCCCUGCUGCCAACAGUCUAGCUGCCAGCCAGCUUGCUGUACCUCCUCCCCCUGUCAGCAGGCCUGCUGUGUGCCUGUCUGCUGCAAGCCCAUGUGCUCUGUGUCCGUCUGCUGCAAGCCCGUGUGCUGUGUGCCUGUCUGCUCUGAGGCUUCCUCUUCCUGCUGCCAGCAGUCUAGCUGCCAGCCAGCUUGCUGUACCUCCUCCCCCUGUCAGCAGGCCUGCUGUGUGCCUGUCUGCUGCAAGCCCACCUGUUGCAGACCCUCCUCUUCUGUGUCCCUGCUGUGCCGCCCUGUGUGCAAACCCACCUGCUGUGUCCCCGCCUCCUCCUGCUGUGCCCCCACCCCAUGCUGCCAGCCCAGCUGCUGCGGCCCAGCCUCCUGUGUGUCCCUGAUCUGCCGUCCUGCCUGUGCCCGCUCAGCCUGCUGUGGCCUCUCCUUGGGCCAGAAGUCCUGCUGUUAA